AUGGGUGAAAACAGAGAUCUGGCAAAGCGCAUUGCCAGGGAGAUAGUUUCCUCCAUGGAUGACCUCUCGGACUCGGACUCUGGCUUUCAUCUGCUGCUACCCGGUCUCUGUUUGGAGUCUCUUGGCUCGCUACACGAAUACAGUGAGUAUCCUCAUUUCUGCCCACCUUGUGUCAGGACUCAGCUUCUUUGCAUGCUUACGUUUGGCUCUAUCAGACCUUCAUAG